CUCCCUCGAGGCCACGAAGUUGCUCAAGUCCCAACCCCAUCCAAGACGCGGAUACCCACGCUACGCCGCACCCUAGCAGCGAACGAGCAGGCGACCAUGGCGGCGUCGAACGACGUUGAGGUCGUCGACUUCGACUCCGACGACGACGACCUCAUGGACGAUGACGCCCCCGAGAAUAACCCCGCCCCUGCCCCGCGUCUCCGCUCCACCAUCGCCGCCGGCGGGGAGGAUUCCUCCGCCGCCGCCGCGCGCAAGACCAAGGGCCGCGGGUUCCGCGAGGAGCCUUCCUCCUCGCGGCCCCUCACUGGCCGCGCCGCCUUCGACUCCCUGGGCACCGACGACGGCCCUGGACCCCUCAGAUCUAUAGAGGGGUGGAUUGUUCUUGUAACCGGUGUUCACGAAGAAGCACAGGAGGAUGAUCUCCAUAAUGCUUUUCGGGAAUUUGGGCAAGUUAAGAACUUGCAUUUGAAUUUAGAUCGCCGCACUGGAUUUGUCAAGGGAUAUGCCUUGAUUGAAUAUGAGAGCUUCGAGGAAGCCCAGGCUGCAAUAAAAACAAUGGACGGAACUGAACUUGUAACACAGAUAAUAAAUGUUGAUUGGGCCUUUAGUAAUGGCCCUGCCAAGCGAAGGAAUGUCCGCAGGAGAUCAAGGAGCCCACCCAGGAGGAGAUACUGAGGUUUUCUCCAAGACUGAAUAUCGUGGGAUUGGAGUUUUUGAGGCCUUGCUUUGGCGAUUGCAUGUGUGGUUUCGAGAAUGAGCUUUCCAUCUUCAACUUGAACUAUGGCAGUUGUAUUACAUUUCAUCUUCCAUUUUUUGUUUCUCCUCCGUGUGUGUUUUUUGUGUUGCGACAUGAGACAAGAAUGUUAGAUACUCGGGAGUGUAAUCUUUGUACUAUGGAAUGGAUUCUUUAGCUUUUUCAGUAUGCUAUGUGUGUUGUCCUA